UCAGUUUGAACAUCGCGGCUCGACGUUGCGCAGCCUUAUUUCUAUCACACCGCUAUUCCCUAAAAAAGCAAAAGGAAAAAUUCCGUAAGCCGGGCAGCGAAUCGCGUGUUGUGUUUCGCGUUAGAACUCUCAUUCGUGUGCCAGUGCCACAUCUUUUUACAAAGUGCUCUAGCUAUUUUUCUGCUCUCCGGUGCCGGGAUGAAUUCACACUGGAUCGUCGUAGGCCUUGCGCUCCUCUGCUUUGCUCAAGUUUGGGCCAAGCCAGCCAGCAAAGAUGACGGCAGCGAUUACCAAGAGGACGACGUGCAGGAAGAAAGAGAGGUCGACUACAGCGAAGGACCAGUAGUAGCUAUCUCUCCGCCCCAGACGCUGUUCGUUCCACCCGGUGCUAGUGUCUUUCUACCUUGCGAAAUCCAAAACACGGAUCAAUUCGCAAUCGAAUGGAGAACGGGUACGGACGUCGAGCUGUACGUGGAUAAUUUGAAAUUAACACAGAACCCUGACAUCAACAAAGAGCUCAACAAUACCCUCGUAAUCCGAAACGUGAAAGUAGGCGACACUGGCGAGUACAAGUGCAGAGCUCUGACUAACCCGCCGGUCACCAUCUUGCACAAAGUGUUUGUUCAGUCCGAAGGCAUCACAGUACUGCCAAGUGACAAGAAUGACGUGGAUCAGGGUGCUUCUCUCACCCUUACUUGUCAGGCUGGCGAAGAUAUCAAACCCCUUGCUAUGUAUUGGUCUCGCGCGGGUCAGAGAUUGAAAGGCGAAGAAAGCAAAGUCAAAGGACAGAUUUUUGCGAUUUCAUUGAACAUCAAGAAUGCCACGAGACACCUUGCCGGCGUGUACCAAUGCGUCGUUGAAGUCGGAGCAAAUAAUCCCAUUAUCAAGUACAUCUCUCUCAAAGUCAGACACGCGCCUGAGAUCGAGUACGCAUACGAGGAAGCGAAUGGACACAAGCAUCAUAUCAGCCAUUACUCGACGUCGAUCGGUACAACUGUGAAUAUCACUUGUUUGGUUCACGCUCAUCCGGGUGUCAACAAACUCGUUUGGAUUCACAAUGGCAACGAAGUCAAGAUCGACAGUGUCAAUUACUUCAAGGAUGACAAGCCCAAGAGCCACCAUACUCUUGGAAUUAGAAACGUGACCAAAAACGAUUUUGGAAUCUGGCAGUGCAGAGCACACAAUGUUAUUGGCCUAGCCCUUGGUCCAGAAAUCACGCUCAAUGAUGCCCCUGGACAGCCACGGUUCGAAUCAGGUGAGGGCAUCGAGGAUAGUAUUGAGCUUCGCUGGAAAGUCUUCAGUUUCAAACCCAUUAAUAAAACCGAGUUUUUGUACCGUAAACACGGCGAAACCGAAUGGAAACAUGGUGUUGCUAAGGUCGAUUCCAGUAUUGGUAAGGAGCAAAUUAUCAUUACGACCAUUAAGAACAUUUCUGGCAAACACGAAGCUAAAGUGAGAGCAAGCAACGACGACGAACAUCUUGAUAUGCAUGAUGUUGUAUGGGGACCCUAUUCUGAUAUCAAGAAAUUUGACGGAGAACAUGGAGAAACUAAAGCAUUAACUGGGGGAUCAUCGGGGAUACCAAAUGUGAUGUGGACAUUGAUAUUUAUUAUCGCGCCAUUGGCUUACGUGUGUCUUUAAUUCGUCAAUCGUGUUAACUCAACAUAGGUACAUAAUUUUCAGCCAAAGCGUUCACCAGUAGACCUCGUGAUAAUCACACAAGUACACAGACCGCAACACACAUCGAGCUACGCAAUGGAAAUGAAAAAAGUUAGCGGCAUAUAUGAUAUACCUAGGAAAAGAAGCGUCUCCGUCUUUCUCAACUCGCUUAUCAACAAAAACUAGAUUCAGCCUUGCGCUAUGCGCACACGAAGUGUCUCAUAGAGCCAAAGAUGAUUUCACUCUCUUUCAUCUAUGAACGAUGCUCGUCGAUUCAGUCGGAUAUCGGCACAAGUCAUUGUCACAAGUGCAACUUACUCUUAGUAUUUGUUAGAUUGCGCGAGUCUGGAAACAUUAGCCGCUUCGAGACUUCUUUUUAUAUUUUUCUUUGUCAUUUAUGUUGCGAUUAGUAGUACACGCAAUUUUCUGUAACUGCAUUGUCAGCUUUCAUAUACAUAUAUAUAUAUAUCCUCGUGAUAUUGUUCUUUCAUAGUCAAGGGAGUACAAUUGUUUUUUCUUCAAAUUUUCGAUUUACGAUAAAAUUGUAUGGGCAAUAGUAAAUUUAGUGUGUUCAAUAUUGAAUCAUGUUUUAUGUAAAAAAAUGAUGAUACUAUGUUCACCAUGAUUUUACAAGGUGCCUUAAAAAAAUUUUACCGACAAUGCGAAAUUCAUAUACAUACGCAAACACAUACGUGCGCGCGCGUACACAAGCACACACACAAUAUUCUACAAUUUUUAACGCCGUACGCUUUACUUAGAAGGAUUUUGUAAAACAGAUGAAUAGAAGGUGUGGGGGAUGACUGCAAAUAACAUUUGUAAAGUGUGUUGAAUUAUUUAUCUUCGUGUAUAAAUAUUAUUUAAUGACGCGGUUAUCAAUUGUUAUUCAUAGUCAUUUUUCAAUUUGAAGAAAGUUUAAAGCUCGCAUGAGAGAAAAAGUAAAUUAAUUUACUUAUUCCUUGACACUUAGAAAAAUUCACUCUUAUAGAGUGAACAUUGUGGAGUGGAAUCCAACUUCGAACCAUUUGUAUUCAUUCGUUGUUACAAAAAAUCAUAUAUUUUUAUUCAUCACGAGUCUCCUAGGUGUGCCAUUUUUACGUUUGCGUUUUGUUAGUGGAGGUCAUGAAAAAUGUAGAGUAACAGCAAAAUAAGUAAAGGAAAUAAUAAGAGCAUUUAAAUUUUAUGGAAUUACGAGGAUAAGAUAUAUAAGAGAUAUUCUAUACAUUAUAUAUUUUAAAUAAUCUAUAUACAGAACGAAAACACAAAACGGCAUCAUCGCUCUACGGCUAAGUAUUCACCUUUACAUGAAUAAGUCAAAAUACAGAUAUAUACACAAUUGAUACUAUAAUUUAUUUUUGUAUGCUUGACUUAUGGAAGGAGAAAUUAAAUCUGCGUUCGAUGUUGUUAAAACGCUUUAGCAUUAUUAUUACAAAGCAAAGUUGUCGAAGCAUCGAACGAUAUUCUUCUUCUAUUUUUUUUAAUUUUUUAACUACUGUAACUUAUUUUUUAGAAAGUUCAAAACUUUUCGCAAUCAGUGUAAGCGUUUGUAUCAAUUAAAUUAAUCAUUUUGAUUCUGCUUAAGUUUUGUUAAAGAAGCUAAUCUAAGAACGUGCAUGUGUAAUUUAGAAAUUUGGUUUUUGAAAUGGAACAUAAAUGAAGCAGCUAUAAAUUGAUAUAGUAUUUUGAAUUGCCGUUAAAUCAUCGUUGUUUUGAGAAGAAAAAAUUAAGUGCUGUUAGCUGAACGUGGAUUACGUAAAAUCGAAAUUACAAGUAAAAAUUUUUAACAAAGAUACAGCAAUGUAACGUAAAGUUGUUUUAAAAACUAUUACUACUACAUACUAUACAAUUUCUUUAAAAAAAGUAGACGAGUAAAAAUAUAAUAUACGUUACCUAAGAUAUACAUACCUAUUAUAACUGUAACUGUGCGAUUGUUAAGAAUGAAUGUGUGUUAUAAUAAUGUGAAUACGUGAAAGAUGGAGCUCGUUGAUGCUAGCGCGACAUAUGUCUUAUUAUUAUUGUAUUAAUAAAUGUAGGUUUUAUUUCAAAUAGUUCUCCACUGAAGAUAUUUUUGUAUGAAGAUGAUAUCUCAUUCUGAAUCCCAAAGAAUUUUCUUACAUUAUAUCUCCGUUCUCCAUAAUCGUCCUAUCUUUUUACAUUCAAUGUAUUUACUUUGUCUAUAUUCAAAUUCGUUGAUAAACUAGAAAAGAAAACCGAUUUUUCAAACAAAAAUAUAUUUACUG